AUGGCCCCAAUAGCAACGCAAUACGACUUUAUCGUCAUUGGUGGUGGUAGUGGCGGCAGCGGGGCAGCAAGAAGGGCCUCAGGUUGGUACGGAGCUAAGACCCUCCUUGUCGAGAAUGGUCGCUCUGGUGGGACGUGCGUGAAUGUGGGGUGUGUGCCGAAGAAGAUCACCUGGAACUUUGCCAGUGUGUCUGAGAUGCUCAAAGAUGGCGUUCACUACGGCUAUGACAUCCCUAAGGAUAUUAAAUUUAAUUUUGCCGAAUUCAAAAGGAAGCGCGAUGCCGAUGUGAAGGGUCUUAAUGGAGCCUAUGAGCGCAAUUGGAGCCGAGAGAAUAUUGACUUGGUGAGAGGAACGGCGACCUUCACAGGACAGAAAGAAAUCGAAGUAGAGGUAGGCGAAGGUGAGAAAAGGAUUUAUACCGCCCCUCAUAUCCUCAUUGCCACCGGUGGGAAACCAGUCCUGCCAAAAGGAAUACCGGGCUCGGAACAUGGCAUUACCAGCGAUGGAUUUUUCGACAUCGAGGACCUGCCAAAGAGGAUGGCCUUUAUCGGGGCUGGCUACAUUGCUGUCGAAUUGGCUGGUGUCAUGGCUGCGAUUGGCGUAGAGACGCAUUUGUUCAUCCGCGGCAACACGUUCCUGCGCAACUUUGAUCCCAUGGUUCAAAACACCAUGACGAAGCGCUACGAAGAUGCAGGCGUUAUCAUUCAUAAGAGCCACCAAGGCUUUAAAGAGGUUAUCCAGGUUCAAGAUGGAAGGCCGGGGCAAAAGGUACUUAGGCUGAUCGAGCAAGACGGCUCAGAGCUAGAAGUCAACGAACUUCUCUGGGCAAUCGGUAGAGCUCCUGAAAUCGAAAGGCUGAAUCUGUCAAGCGUCGGCGUCGAGCUGAAGCAGAAAGGCCAUGUUCAAGUUGAUGAGUAUCAGAAUACCUCUGUGCUGGGUAUCUACGCUUUGGGAGAUGUUACUGGCCAGGCGGAACUUACACCUGUGGCCAUAGCGGCCGGCCGCGCGCUUUCAAAUCGGCUCUUCGGGGUCAAUCACCCACGCGGAGGCCCUCAUCUUGCCAACGCAAAGCUUGACUACACGAACAUUCCGACCGUUGUAUUCGCGCAUCCGGAGGUGGGCACGAUCGGCUUGACGGAACCACAGGCUGUAGAGAAGUUUGGCAAGGAGAAUGUGAAAACCUACCAUACCCGUUUUACGUCCAUGUUCUAUGAUUUCCACCCUGCGGAGGAGAAGAAAAUGAAUCCAACAGAGUACAAGCUUAUCUGCGAGGGGCCUGAAGAGAAAAUCGUGGGCAUGCAUAUACUUGGAUUGGGUAGUAGUGAAAUGAUGCAGGGUUUUGGCGUGGCUGUGAAGAUGGGAGCAAGGAAGAGAGACUUUGACUCUUGUGUGGCGAUUCAUCCUACAAGUGGAGAGGAAUUGGUCACGCUCAAAUGA